GCUGUUUCCUGUCUACAGUGUCUGUGUAAUGUAGAUAAAUGUGAGGAUUUUCUCUAAAUCCCUCUUCUGUUUGCUAAAUCUCACUGUCACUGCUAAAAUCAGAGCAGAUAGAGCCUGCGCAAUGGAAUAAAGUCCUCAAUAUUGAAAUGUGACAUUGCUCUCAACAUCUCACAUCUCUCUGGAUUUCUUUUUUCUCAUCAUUACUGCUAACAAAUUCAUUUCCAGACUUUGCACUUUUAAGAAGCAAUGGAAAAAAUCAACAGUCUUUCAACACAAUUAGUUAAGUGCUGCUUGUGUGAUUUCUUGAAGGUGAAGAUGCACACUGUGUCCUACACCCAUUUCUUCUACCUUGGGCUGUGUUUGCUUACCUUAACCAGUUCUGUUGCUGCUGGCCCAGAAACACUCUGUGGUGCUGAGCUGGUUGAUGCUCUUCAGUUCGUGUGUGGAGACAGAGGCUUUUACUUUAGUAAGCCUACAGGGUAUGGAUCCAGCAGUAGACGCUUACACCACAAGGGAAUAGUGGAUGAAUGCUGCUUCCAGAGUUGUGACCUGAGGAGGCUGGAGAUGUAUUGUGCUCCGAUAAAGCCACCUAAAUCUGCACGGUCUGUACGUGCUCAGCGCCACACUGAUAUGCCAAAAGCACAAAAGGAAGUGCAUUUGAAGAAUACAAGUAGAGGGAACACAGGAAACAGAAACUACAGAAUGUAAGAACAUGCCAUCCACAAGAAUGAAGAAUGAAUGUGCCAUCUGCAGGAUACUUUGCUGUAAAUAAAUUAUUUGUUAAACAUUGGAAGACUUAAAAAAACCUUUGUUUUAAAAAGCUUGAUGCAAUCUCAACCAAUGGGCAUUCUCCCAGUGAACAAUGCAACUAAACAUUCCAAUAUUAAGUCUUUAGAGAACAGAACAUUUUAACCAGCCCAGAGCUAAAAUUUCUGUGGUUGAUAUAUUACUGUUUGUUAACCUUUUUUAAAUGUCCUGCACAAAAACUCUUAAAGUCCUGUGCCCCUCAAAUGCCUACAAAUUUAUGGGCCUUUGACGGAUCCAAUUGCACUAAAUUAACCUAUGAA